AUGUCUGCUCCAGGAUCCUACCAGGCGGCUGCGAGACCUUCCUCGGUGCCGACCGCGCCCCCGUCCUAUGAAGAGACAGUUUCUGUUAACAGUUACUACCCCACACUUCCAGCACCCAUGCCUGGGCCGGCCUCGGGGCUCACGACGGGCCCGGAUGGGAAGGGCAUGAAUCCGCCUGCGUACUACACCCAGCCAGGGCCCGUCCCCAAUGCCAAUGCAACUGCUGUGCAGACGGUCCGCGUGCAACAGCCCAUCUCCUUUUUCGACCGUCCGGUCCAGAUGUGUUGUCCUUCCUGGAACAAGAUGAUCGUGACUCAGCUGUCCUAUAAUGCCCGCGCCCUCACCUGGCUCUCCUGCAGGAGCCUGUGCCUGUUGGGGUGCAUGGCGGGUCGCUGCUUCAUCCUUUUCUGUGUGGACGCCCUGCAGGAUGUGGGCCACUACUGUCCCAACUGCAAAGCUCUCCUGGGCACCUACAAGCGUUUGUAG